AUGGACUCCUCCAUCGAAACCCGCAGCAAGCGUAAACAACCACCGACACCCUCAAACGAUCGUCCGAUGAAGCAAAGAAGACCGGAAGUACAAUACGUUAACGGGUCCGCGUCGGACUCGCCGGUCAACGGCCUGCUCAACCACGCGGAUCUGGACUAUGAGAGCGACGAUGCGCCGUCCAUAGCACACAUCGCCGCGACUGCGGACACGGCAGAGUGGCAGGCUACUAUAGAGAAUGUCGUCAAGAACGUUGUCUCCAUACACUUUUGUCAGACUUGCUCCUUUGAUACGGACGCGGCCGUUUCGAGCGAGGCUACGGGCUUUGUGGUGGACGCGGAGAAGGGCUAUAUUCUUACGAAUAGGCAUGUUGUAGGCGCGGGCCCGUUCUGGGGCUACUGCAUUUUCGACAAUCAUGAGGAGUGCGACGUCUGGCCUGUCUACCGCGACCCCGUCCACGACUUCGGUAUCCUUAGGUUCGACCCCAAGGCGAUUAAGUACAUGCCAAUAGCCGCCUUGCAGCUACGGCCCGACCUUGCCAAAGUGGGCGCCGAGAUCCGCGUCGUAGGUAAUGACGCUGGAGAGAAGCUCAGUAUUCUUUCUGGCGUGAUCAGCCGUCUCGACCGUAACGCACCGGAAUAUGGAGAGGGCUACAGCGAUUUUAAUACCAACUACAUCCAAGCGGCAGCCGCGGCCAGCGGAGGCAGCUCAGGCAGUCCAGUAGUCAAUAUUGAUGGCUAUGCCGUGGCUCUUCAAGCCGGCGGCAGGGCUGAUGGCGCGGCAACCGACUAUUUCCUGCCUCUCGACCGACCCCUUCGCGCGCUCGAAUGUAUACAAAGAGGAGAACACGUGGCUCGCGGUACAAUACAAACACAGUGGAUUCUGAAGCCGUUUGAUGAGUGCCGCAGGCUCGGCUUAACACCUGACUGGGAGGCUGCCAUCCGCGAAAGCUUUCCGAAGGAGACGGGAAUGCUCGUAGCGGAGGUUGUGCUUCCGAAGGGUCCAGCAGACCAAAACCUUGAAGAGGGCGAUCUUCUGAUCAAAGUCAACGGCGAGCUUUUGACUCAGUUUAUUCGCCUGGAUGCAAUUCUGGACUCCAGCGUAGGGGGCAAAAUCAGGCUCCUGGUGCAGCGUGGCGGGCAGGACAUGGAAGUUGAGCUUAACGUGGGAGAUCUCCACGCUAUUACACCUGACCGAUUCGUCUCGGUGGCAGGAGCUGCUUUCCAUGACCUCUCUUACCAACAAGCUAGGCUCUAUGCUAUUGCUACCAAUGAGCAUGGCGUAUUCGUGGCCGAAGCAUCAGGGUCCUUCAAAUUUGAGGGUAGCGAGUCUGGCUGGCUAGUCCAGUCUGUUGACCACAAGGACACACCUGACCUGGAAACUUUUGUCGAGGUCAUGAAGACCAUACCCGACCGCGCCCGCAUCGUAGUAACCUACAAACACCUCCGCGAUCUACACACUCUCAACACCUCCAUCAUCACUAUCGACCGUCAUUGGAGCCGUAAGAUGCGCCUCGCCAAGCGUAAUGACACCACCGGACUCUGGGAUUUCACCGACAUUGCCGACGCCCUGCCCCCCACCAAGCCCGUUGCCCGUAAAGCUAAUUUCAUUCGAAUGGACAGCGCAAAGUACGCUAACGCGGUAGACAUCGUCCGCUCCUUCGUCCGCGUUGUAGCCAACAUGCCCAUCAAGCUUGACGGCUUCCCUCGCGCGCGAAAGAUCGGACAUGGGCUCGUCGUGGACGCCGAGAAGGGUCUCGUACUAGCAAGCCGAGCCAUCAUCCCCUACGACCUCUGCGACGUAUCCCUAACGUUCGCGGACUCGAUCAUCGUGGACGCGAAAGUGCUAUUCAUGCAUCCCCUGCAGAACUACUGCAUCGUGCAAUAUGACCCCUCCCUCGUGCAAGCGCCCGUCAAGACCCCGACCUUCGCCACCGAGCCGAUCAAGCAGGGCGAAGAGACCGUCUUCUUCGGUUUCAACCAGAACCUCCGCCCAGUGGUUGCCAAUACUGUCGUUACGGACAUUACGACUGUCGCGAUCCCCGCCAGCGCCUCAACGCCCCGCUACAGAGCUAUCAACCUGGACGCCGUGACCGUCGACACGUCGCUGGCGUCGCAAUGCGGCACAGGCGUGCUGGUGGCUGAGGACGGCACCGUGCAGGCCCUGUGGCUGACAUACUUGGGCGAGCGGUCCAGCCACAGCGGCAAGGACAUGGAGUACCACCUCGGCCUCUCGACGCCCAUGGUCCUGCCGAUCCUGGAGCAGGUCCGCAAAGGCGAGAAGCCGCGGCUUAGGAUCCUGAAUGUCGAAACGAACACUGUGCAGAUGAGCCAGGUGCGCACAAUGGGCGUCAGCGAGGAGUGGAUCGAGCGCGUCGAGCGUGAGGACCCGGAGCGCCAUCAGCUGUUCAUGGUCAGAAAAGUGGACAGUGGCCACAAGGAAGGGCUGCAGGAGGGCGACGUGGUGCUCACUCUCAACGGCAAGUUGAUUACGAGAGUCCAGCAUCUGGAUAUCAUGUACGACAACGAGGUUCUGGACGCAGUGAUUGUGCGGAAGAGGAAGGAGAUGCGGAUUAAGGUCCCGACGGUGCCGACGGAGGAUUUGGAGACGGAUCAGUGUGUCGUGUUUUGUGGGGCGGUGCUACAUCGGCCGCAUCAUGCUGUCAGGCAGCAGAUCAGCAAGGUGCAUAGUGACAUUUAUGUCAGCGGACGGAUGCGCGGCUCCCCCGCCUACGCCUACGGCCUCGCCCCCACAAACUUCAUAACCCACGUCAACGGCGUCCCGACGCCCGACCUCGACUCCUUCCUGGCCGAGUCCGCAAAGAUUCCAGACAACACCUACUUCCGGCUCAAAGUCAUGACCUUUGACAACGUCCCCUGGGUCGCCACCAUGAAGAAAAACGAGCACUACUUCCCGACCGUUGAGGUCGUCAAGGACGCCGCCGAGGACCUGGGCUGGAAAAGGAUCGUGCAUGAGUGUGAGAAGGGAGGCGCGGGGAUGGAGGCAGUGGUUGAGGGGAGUGGAGCGGAUGUGGGGGACGAGAUGGAGGUUGCGGAGGGGGAGCCUUGUGCGUGA